AUGCCUGCCAUUCCCAUCUUCAAGGACACUCCGAUCAACGCCUCCAAGGCAUCGGGAGCCACUCCGCAAACCGAGGAACCACAAGCCAGGGACCAUUCCAAUAACGUCGCCGAAUUAUCGCAAAGUCAAGUCGGCGCACCCGCACCAUCAUCCACCGGCCAGCAGCCAUACCCGCCGGCACAGCCUGGUGCCGCCCCGUCUCUCCCUGUCCAGACAGCUUCCGCACAAGCAUAUCCUGCUCCGCGCCCAACUCCCACUCAGAAGACGAAUGAUGUCAGUCCUCCGCCGCCCCAACCAGGUGCUGCCCCCGUACCGGUAGCGGGUACGUCGACUCUGCCUCCUCCGCCGAAGGCAGGCCAGACCUACCAGCCUCCAGCCCCAACACCCGCCACUACGGCCACCGUUUCUUACCCUCCACAAAUGGGUAUCCCUCCUCCAACCAUGUCACACGCGGCGUUGCGAGGAUCUUCCACGUCUACUACUAAUGGACCUCAGAUGACUGGGCCGCGACCUGUCCCACUGGGAGGCGAUCCUCCACUCAGCCUUGAACACCCUCCAGGAUAUCAGCAAGACGUUAGUGCGUCUGAAUUCAGUAGCCAUCAAAGAGCUGCUCACCAAGCUGCGGUAGCAUCAUCGGCAGAGAAAGGCUAUCAAAGUCAGCCGGAAGAAGGAGUAUGGGACACUGCGAAGAAAUGGGCACAAGCUGCUGGUGGCAGUUUGGCUGCGGCCGAGCAAGAAGUCUGGCGAAGAAUCAACAAAGACUAG